AUGCCGUUCUUCAAACGAGCCUCCGUGGUGUACCUUCUCUGCUCUUUGACGCCAUCUCUUGCCUUCUUCAAAGUGCCAUGUAGCACGCCGCUCGUCAUACAACGGGCCGAUCCUAUCGUGCAACCCGGCGUUGCAUCAGGCCAUGUGCAUACAAUAAUGGGCGGAUCCGGCUUCGGCUUCACGAUGGACUAUAACAUGACCCAAACAUCCCAGUGCAAUUCUUGCUCGGCCGUCGAGGAUAAGUCCAACUACUGGAUCUCCUCGCUCUAUUACCACGCUGAGAAUGGGAGUUUCAUACCAGUGCCCCAGAAUGGUGGAGCUCUCAUCUACUAUUUACAGCGUCCUGACCCGACGACUGACGGCACAAUCGUCGCACCACCCGCUGGCUUCCGCAUGGUUGCAGGGAAUCCCUUCGACCGCCGCAACAAGGGCAACAUCGCAGCUCAAGCGCGCAGCUUUGCUUGCCUGGACUAUGAUGGCCCCGGCACCCCUCAGACCCAUGGGUUUCCAACCACCAAUUGCCCGAAUGGGCUGCGCGCACAGGUAUUCUUCCCUUCGUGCUGGGACGGGGUGAACCUGGAUAGCCCUGACCACAGGUCCCAUGUGGCCUAUCCGACCCAAGAGUACGACAGCGGGCCCUGCCCUGCAUCUCACCCAGUCCGGAUCAUCUCGAUCUUCAUCGAGGUUACCUGGCACACUGAGCAGUUUGCCGAUAUGUGGUAUGGCGAUAAGCAGCCCUUUGUGUUUUCCUAUGGUGAUCCCACUGGCUAUGGCUUGCAUGCGGACUUUAUCAACGGUUGGGACAUCGACGUUCUCCAAGACGCGAUCAACACUUGCCAUGACGAGGGCGGUGAUAUUCGACAGUGCGAGCCAAUCACCUUGCAGGAGGACUGGGUGACAGACGGGUGCAUCCUUGAGCGCUCAAUCCACGAGCAGAUCGACGGCUGGCUCGAUGCGCUCCCCGGUUGCAACCCGAUCCAGCCCGGCCCCGAAGAUGCGAAGCCUGUCACAGGUUGCGGUGCACCCACUGCUAUUGGCGAGCCUCUGCAUUACUACACUGACCUCACGAGCAGCCACGGAUGGGAGUGGGUUGGAUGCACACAGGACAACGUUGGCGGGGAGCGCAUUCUGACCGGUUCGUCCGCCGGGACCUCAGAUAUGACGCCGGCGACCUGCGUUGAGAAAUGCCUUGCCGAUGGCUACAGCUUCGCCGGCGUAGAGAAUUCCAAUGAGUGCUUCUGUGGGGAUAGCGUUGGGGAGGAUAAAAUGCCGAAAGUUACACCGAUGGGGAAAUGUUUACAGCCUUGCGCUGGCGACGGUCUGCAGAAUUGCGGCGGGUAUGGGUUCAUUGGAUUGUAUAGGAAAUGCGAGGGCGAGUGCGGCAAUCUGCAGUACCCUGUGGUUCCUCACUAG